CUUGCCCAUUUACGGAACACUCUGAGGAGCGAGCGAAUUGGCCGUCCAUAUGUAAACCCCCAAUGUCUCCCCCAACCCUAGGCGGUAUCGACGAAGUAUAUCUAUAUCUUACCAACAAGCACCAUCCACGCCACUAAGCCCACUCAGCGUUCCUCUUAGCUCCUCAUCAGAGCUUCACCUCGGUCAGCCUUCGGCUCUGGCCGUUGUCAGUGCUCAUCUCCAUACGCCUCGCACCUGCGUUCACCUACGAGGCACAUAUCCCACUACUCCCCCACUGGCCGCUUAGUGGCAUUGACGUCUCGAUCGACUAUGACUACCAUGGUUGCCUCUCACCAUGUUGACCUUUGGCAACAACGCAGCCAGCCCGCUUACCACAUGUCCAACAUGAACCUCUCCGGCCUGAUGUCUCCUUACGAGACACAACACACUGUCACCAACCCACCAUCGUCAAGAGCAUACCAUCAGACAACAUCAAGUGUAGAGAUGAGCAUGCCGCUCUUCUCUACGAACGGCCUGGCCUCGUCAGUGCCCUACCAAUCUGGAGCAUUCGCCUUUGAUCCGGUUCCAGUGAACCCAUACAACAUGCAGGAGGCAUAUCCCAUGGGUUAUGUAGCAGAUGUCCCUCGGAAUGUUUCAUACGCUCGAUCAAAUCUCGUCCAGCAGAUGCCCGCGCUUCAGGACGCACGCCCUACGUUCUCUGCGGACCAACAUUCAUCGAAGUCCGUUACCGCUUCGCCCCUGCAGUCGAGUCCAUCAUAUCAUGGGUCCCCGUACGGCGCAGAAUUUGAGCGCUCACGUUCUGAACCAUCUGAAAGCACUGGCAUCAACUUUGCUACCGACGUCGACACUCUGAUGAAAGCGAUCCAGGCAAAGCAGCCGGAUUCGCCACAACCACCACAGGUCAGCAAGGAGGAGGAGAACAAGCCUAACCAAAAGCCCAGGAAGAGGUACCAGUGCAACAUGCCAGGAUGUAACAAGAGCUUCUAUCAGAAGACACAUCUGGAGAUCCAUGUUCGUGCACAUACUGGUGCAAAACCGUUUGUCUGCAAAGCACCAUCUUGCGGUCAGCGCUUCUCACAGCUCGGCAAUCUCAAGACACACGAGAGGCGGCACACAGGCGAGCGCCCUUACAGCUGCGACAUCUGUGGCAAGACCUUUGCGCAGCGUGGCAAUGUGCGUGCUCAUAAGAUUGUCCACCAGCAGAUCAAGCCUUUCACCUGCAAGCUAGAUGAUUGUGGAAAGCAGUUCACUCAACUGGGCAACCUGAAGUCGCACCAGAACAAAUUCCACGCUGCAACAUUGAGGUACCUCACACAGAAGUUCGCAAACAUCAGCCAAGGCGACUGGGUCUCGCAAGAAGACAAACAACUCUGGGAAUACUUUGCUUCGCUGUACAAGAACUCCAACAAGGGUAUCAAAGGUCGCGGCAAGGACAGGAGAAUAUCGGCUGUGUCGACCUCAAGUGCUCUACACUCGACUUAUGCCCCGUUGCAGAUGGCUUCCAUGGAUAGGAACUUUUCUGGAUACCACCAGCACGGCUGCGACCGCAGUAGUCGUGGCUCAUCAUUGUCCUCAGAUGCUACCUGUGGUACCCAUCCUCGGUCAGACAGCAGCUACGACUAUAACGCCCCGAUGCACCCCAGUUACCCAUCUCAGGGAAGCGGUUACGAUGACAUGGUCUUUCCGGAACGGAAGAUGUACUGACGAUUUUUCACAUCACGCACAUCAGAACGACACAACCAAAUGAAAGCAUAAGAACAGGACCUCACGGCUAGAGCAAUAGGAGUUGGGAGGCACAGAGGAUCUGAGGUCAUUGCAGAUGAAUUAGGCAUCUCGGAAGUUACAAUACCCACCUAGCGCAGCGAUGGGUACAUUCCUCUUUCAUUUCAUUUUACUUUGAUAGGCGUUCAGGUCUUUCACGACAUCAAUAACGCUGUUCAUGUACGCUCGCUGUUCUGUAAUUACGCUUCUCGCGGAUACCCCAUGUAUGCUUACUCUUACUGUAAAGGGGAAGACACGAUACCACAGAUAAUCACAUUUGUCAAAGGAC